AUGCCCAACGAAGCAACAAAAUCAGUACCGUCUAUGCCCUGGAAGCAGCGAGCAGCCCUCAAACGGGAGCAGCAAGCCGCGCAGAUACCGUCGGAAUGGCGCCUUUCGCCACUGCCGUCGCCACUGCCCAAGUCGGCGCUCGAGUAUAUCACCAACUCUACCCUACUGACUCCCACCGAGCACCGUAUCACGACCAUUGUCUCUGCCAGCACACUCCUCUCCCAGAUCAAGUCCCGCGAGAUCACUGCGGUCGAGGUCGCCACCGCAUUUUGCAAACGUGCCGCGAUCGCCCAACAACUCACCGGCUGCUGCACAGAGAUGUUCUUCCACAAAGCCAUCAAGCGUGCGGAAGAACUUGAUCGGUAUCUUGCAGAGACAGGCGAGGUAGUGGGCCCGUUACACGGUCUCCCCGUGAGUCUGAAGGACGGCGCAGAUGUGGAAGGGGAAGACACCACUCUCGGUUGGGUUGGACUCUGCAACAAGCCCGCCGUCUCCGACUGCUUACUCGCCGAAUGCCUCCGCAAACAAGGCGCCAUCCUCUACUGUAAAACCAAUAUUCCGCAAUCCCUCAUGAUGUCCGACUCGUAUAACCAUGUUUUCAAACAAUCGGUCAACAGCCUCAACCGUGCCCUUAUCAGCGGCGGCAGCUCCGGCGGCGAAGGCGCCCUGAUCGGCUGCCAAGGCAGCAUCGUGGGCGUCGGCACCGACAUCGGCGGCAGCAUCCGCAUCCCCGCCAACCUACAGGGUCUGUACGGCUUGAACCCGACCGUCGGCCGCUUCCCCUGGCACCCCAGCGUCGUGCGCGAGAACAUCGUCAACGGCGUGGCCGGCCCCUUGAGCUCCAGCCUGGAGACCAUCGAGGUCUUCAUGGAGGGUCUUUUGGCCGCGGAGCCCUGGCGCUACGAGCCCACGAGCCACCCCAUCCCCUGGCGGAAGGAGCUGGCAAGCUUCCCACCCGGGAAGAAGUUGCGCAUCGGGUACUACGUUGAUGACGGCAUGGUCAAGGUGCAGCCGCCCGUGGAGCGCGCCGUGCUGGAAGUGGUGCAGAAGCUGCGCGACAAGGGCCACGACGUCUUCCAGUGGGAGGUCGACUCGCACAUCGAGGGCCAGAGGCUGUGGACCAAGGCCAUCCUGGCGGACGGCGGCAAGAAGUGUGCGCGCCUGUGUGAGCAGGGCGACGAGCCCUUGGUGCCCGGCAUGCUAGUGGGCACGGCGGAGGAUCGCUUGGAUGUGGAUCAGGCGAUUGAGGUCGCCAACGCCCGCCUCACCUACCAAAAAGCCUACCUCCGCCGCUGGGCCACCUCGGGCAUCGACGCCCUCAUCACCCCAAUCCAGCCCUGGGUCGGCUUCCGUCCCAAGACCUGGGUCCAGUCGCGCCAGAACGUCUCGUACACGGCGCACUGGAAUUUCGUCGAUUUCGCCGCGCUCGCCAUCCCCGCCACGACCGCGCGCUUGGAUGAUGUGGGCAGCGAGGAGUGGCAGAGUCACAGGCCGAGGGACCAGAGUGAUGAGUUUAACUGGCGGCAGUAUGACCCCCAUCUGGUGGAAGGGAUGCCGGUGGGCGUGCAGGUCGUAGGCGGGAGGUUUGGGGAGGAGAAUUGCGUGGCGGUUGCGAGGGUUGUGGAGGAGGUGUUGGGGAGGAAGUGA